AUGACUAAGAUACACUUGCUCGAGCUCAACGAUGAUGGCACGCCUUGUGUCGGGACCGCCCUUGUGCGUCUUCCCGCGCCAUUCGAGCCGUAUACACUGAGAUUCGUGUUGUACAGCACCAAUCAGCUUGACAGUGGCGCUACUCUCAAGAUUAACGUGCCAGCUGCAGGUCAAGUCUUCGAUAGACAGAAGUUUUUGACAAAGUCUCUCAAGGCCGAAGCUGGGACUGAUGCUUGUGUCGACGUCGAGAUCGACCAACCAGGUGCUUUUGCAUGGAGAAUCGAGUAUCUCAACGAAGAUGCUGCUGCUAUCACAACGGCUGAAUAUUACAUCGUCGUUGACCCCGCGCUGACUAUAAAUGGCACGCAAAUCUCCCUGGACGCUCUUGCAAUCCAGUCAGUCGUGCCAAAGUGGAUGGGCAAACUCACUCAGUGGUCGACUUAUCUGGAAUACAUGAGUUCUGUAAAAAAGUACAAUAUGUUGCAUUUUUGUCCUUUGCAGCAACGUGGAGCAUCCGACUCGCCAUACUCCUUAUUCGACCAGCACAAAUUUUCGGACGAUCUAUUUGACAAUGUGUCAUUGAGUCUAAAGGAUCGCACUGCUCAGAUGGAAGCUAUGGUGAACGAUAUGGAGCACAAGUAUGGGCUGCUCAGUCUCACAGAUGUCGUGUGGAACCACACUGCCAGCGAUAGUGACUGGCUUCAGGAUCAUCCAGAGGCUGGUUUCAACUUGCACAAUAGUCCGCACCUCUGCGCUGCUUUCGCACUCGACACAGCCUUGCUCGAAUUGAGUUCUAACCUGUCAAAACUUGGGCUCCCAACGACUUUGAAGUCCACACAAGACCUCUUGGCUAUUAUGGAAGCUAUCAAGAGUCGAGUCUUGGGCACAAUCAAGCUAUGGGAGUUUUAUGUGAUAGACACACAAAAGGCUUUGUCGACCAUGGUUUUCACGCAACAGCCAGCUCCGGUAGGAGAACUCAACUCGCAGUCAAGCCUCGAGUCCAUCGCUGACUUUUGCUUGAGCCAAGGAGUCGUGCAAAACCAUCAAUUCUUGGGAGAUCGUUUCAGCAAAAUUGUCGAUCCUGCCAAGCUAGGCGCGAUAAUUAACGCUCUUUGCUGCGCUAAGACCGACAAGCUGGCCUUUGCUUCCCGUAUAUUGGAUGAAAUCAACCUGCGAUUCUAUCAAGAGCACAAUGCUGAUCAGGACGCUUUCAUGGAGCAAUUGUAUAAUCGCAUCAAAUAUGUCAGGCUCGACAGUCAUGGCCCGAAGAUGGGUCCUAUCACUUCAAUGGCGCCGCUUAUCGAGACAUACUUUACUAGGCUUCCUUCGAAUGAUCGGACCCGUAAGCACCCAUCCGGAUCGCUGGCACUAGCCAACAACGGCUGGAUGUGGGCAGCCAACCCCCUAGAAAAUUUUGCCGGCCCACAGAGCAAAGCGUACUUGAGGCGCGAAGUGAUUGUCUGGGGAGAUUGUGUAAAACUAAGAUACGGCGACUGCCCGGCCGACAACCCAUACCUCUGGGAACACAUGCGUCUUUACACUUCACAGAUGGCCAGUAUAUUCCACGGAUUUCGAAUAGACAAUUGCCACUCUACGCCCAUUCCUGUUGCUCGGUACUUGCUCGAUGAGGCACGCAAAAGCCGACCCAACCUAUAUGUAGUGGCAGAGCUUUUCACCGGCUCUGAAGACAUGGAUACUACGUUUGUGCAAAAACUUGGGAUUUGUUCCUUGUUGCGAGAAGCUAUGCAAGCUUGGUCACCCGAUGAAUUGUCACGCUUGGUGCACAAAUACGGGCCGUCGCCGAUUGGUUCUAUUCCGAAUCAGUUGGGCAACGUCGAUUCGAGUCAACUUAUCAAGCCGGCACCGAUCCACGCCUUGUUCUUUGAUUGUACCCACGAUAACGAGACACCUGUGCAGAAGCGCAGCGCAGAGGACACAUUACCAAACGCUGCGCUAGUCGCCAUGACAGCCUCAGCCAUCGGAAGCGUUUUCGGGUACGACGAGGUUUACCCUCACAUCCUGGACUUGGUGAGCGAAAAGCGGCACUAUAGCCAGCGUGAGAACGGUCUCGGUCGUGCUAAAGGAGUACUCAACGCCGUUCAUAUCGAGAUGGGCCUCAAAAAUUACAGCGAGGCACAUGUACAUCACGAGGGAGCCUACAUCACUGUUCAUCGUGUUUCACCCGAAACUAAGGAAGGGUAUUUUCUGAUUGCGCACACGGCUUUCCAUGGAGGCCAAGAACUCGGCGCCAUUUCUCCGAUUCGUCUGUCCGGGACAUCUCUCGAGCUCGUGUAUGCUGCGACCUUGUCGGUGACUCCUGCGCAAAAAGAUGCCUCUGAAUAUACCGAAUUGGACGGCGUGCCAGCAUCGGUCGUCAUGUUAGAUUUCCCGGUCGAAACAACUGACGAUGAUGACACAAUCUUGACCGUACCCGGUCGCUUUCCACCAGGUUCGAUUGCACUGUUUCGGACAAAGCUUCGUUUGCCGAAGCUGCCCGAAAGUCCUGAGUUGUCUUGGGAGAAGCUCGAAGAUUUCCUGAUGAUGGGCGCGUCCGAGGCCGUUGCUUCUUGUUCACUAAUCGAUUUGAAUGUGCUACUUUACCGAUGCAAUGCAGAAGAACAAGAUACGGUCGCGGAAGGUGCAUACAAUAUCCCGAAUUACGGGCAACUGGUGUACGCUGGCUUACAAGGCUGGAUGGCACCAAUUUCGGCCGUGACACGCAGUAAUGAUCUGGGCCACCCCUUGUGUGACCAUCUGAGGAACGGUUUAUGGGCCCUUGAUUACAUUGUCGCUAGAGAGCAGCGAUAUAUUCGCAAUGGCUACGACGCACUGUCUCCAUCAUCUAGAUGGCUUUCAACGAGGUUUGACUACAUCAAACGUUUACCUAACUUCCUCGUCCCGAAAGCCUUCGUGCUCGUCAUCAAAGCCCUAUAUUGUGCCGCACGCGAGCGCAGUCUCUGUCUCUUGUCAAAACAGAUUCGUCGCGGGACAAAAUUCACGCAAGAUCUGGCUCUCUGUUCUCUCCAAAUGCAAGGAGCCGUCAAGAGCGCUUCGAUAGAUCCAGCAAAGUCUAUACCUUGCAUGGCUGCUGGCCUUCCGCAUUUUUCCACAUCGUGGGCUAGAUGCUGGGGUCGGGACAUAUUCAUUGCUAUGCGAGGUCUGCUUUUAGUUACGGAGAGAUAUGCCGAGGCUGAAAGCCACAUCUUGGCCUUUGCGACGACUUUGAAGCACGGCAUGAUUCCCAACUUGCUGGACUCGCUGCGUACACCGCGAUACAACUCGCGGGAUUCGAUAUGGUUUUACAUGCAGGCCAUACAGGACUACGUCACCAUGGUCCCCAACGGUGCAGAAAUUCUCAAGAAGUCGGUCAAGAGACGAUUUCCUCUGAACGACGAAUAUGUCGAAUGGGACGACCAACGCGCAUAUUCAUAUCAAACAUCUGUCACGGAUGUUAUUCAGGAGACUCUGGCGCGGCAUGCACAAGGCCUCCACUUCCGAGAAGCCAAUGCAGGCCCAAAGCUUGACAUGCAAAUGUCGAACGAAGGCUUCAACAUCGAUGUGGAGGUCGAUUGGUCUACUGGCUUCUUACACGGUGGCAAUCAACACAACUGUGGGACGUGGAUGGACAAAAUGGGUGAGAGUGAGCGCGCCGGUAGCAAAGGAGUUCCCGGCACUCCCAGAGACGGUGCUGCUGUGGAGAUCACAGGACUACUUAAGAGUACGCUUCGAUGGGUCAAUCAGCUUCAUCAACAGGGUUUAUAUCCUUACACGUGCGUGCGUGCGACAAUCGACGGCAAAGAGACUGACAUGACCUUUGUGCGAUGGGAGGCUCUGAUCCAAUCAAAUUUUGAGAGAUGCUACUACAUCCCUAAGCAGUCCUCAGACGACGCGCAGUAUGAAGUUGAUGCCGCGAUCGUCAAUCGCCGUGGCAUUUACAAGGAUUUGUACAAAUCCGGCAAGGCCUAUGAAGACUAUCAGCUACGAGCGCAGGUCCCAAUGGCUAUGACAGUGGCACCAGAGCUAUUUGAGACUGAACACGCUCUCAGUCAUUUGGAAACUGCUGACCAUUUCUUGCGAGGACCGCUUGGGAUGGCCACCCUUGAUCCGAUUGACAAUAAUUACCGCCCAUAUUACAACAACACCGAAGACUCCACCGACUUCCACACCGCCAAAGGGCGGAAUUACCAUCAAGGACCAGAAUGGGUUUUUCCUGUUGGGUACUUUCUACGGGCCAUGCUACACUUCCAGAUACAAGACGGGCGGACCAAUUCGGAUGAAAUCUCUCGUCAAAUAUAUCGCCGCCUCUCUGCUCACCGGACCGAGAUCAUGUCGACUCCAUGGACCGGCUUGACCGAAUUGACCAACAAGGCAGGCGCAUUGUGCGGAGACAGUAGCCCAACACAAGCCUGGAGCAGUGGCACCCUCUUGGACGUCAUUCAUGACAUGCAAGAACUCCGGGUCAAGCAAUUAUGA